UCUUACUCCAGAAUGCGGUACGUCGACUUCGUGUACCCAUACCUGGUGGACACAUUUGCGUUCGUCACCAAAGUACCAAGACGACUACCCUUCAAAAAAGCAAUUACUCAACCCUUCCGCUUUGAGGUCUGGUUGUGUAUUUUGGCAUCCCUAGCUACAACGUCUCUUGUACUUGGCCUUCUUUGGCGGUGGACGCCGCGCCGAUUUCUUGUGGGCCAACCCCCGGACUUUUGGCUGCUGUUGGCAACGCUUACUCAUCAAAGCGGCUGGCGCUCAGCUUACAAGACAACCAGCUUCCGGUUCCUGCUGGGCUCCUGGCUUUUGCUGACCACUGUGACUGCAAACGCGUACAGCUGCUUGCUCUUAUCCCUACUCAACGUUCCCGAAUACGAUGAACAGAUUGACACCGUGCCCCAGUUGGAACGUGCGAUACGUGCUGGAAAGGUCGCCGCUGGAACUGCCAAUGGCACGGCGCAGGCUCGAUUUAUCAUGAGCUCAACCGCCGGGACAUUGAACCUCAUACGGCAACAGGUCGAGAAGAAUCCAGACCUUUUAGUGGAGCGCAAGACACUGGGUUUGCAGAAGGCGGCAAAGGAAAGUUACAGUUAUAUCGACACUCGGCUGGGGUUGCGCGGUGCCCUUGCCGAGAUGAAUGUUUCCACCCUGAAGGUCUCGACGGGAGACUUCGGCACUACUUUUUUCUCUCUUGCGCUGCAGAAGACAUGCUUCUACGGGGAGAUUUUCAGCCGAAAAUCAAGGCAUCUUGUGGAGACCGGCCACUUCCUCAAGUGGGAGAGGGACGACACAUUCCGCUAUUCAGCAAAGAAGCAAGAGGUCGCUUCAAGGGACGCGUCUACAUUCGAUGUCCUCGACCUUUCAGACAUGUUCGGCGCUACGAUGAUUCUCCUCUGUGGAGUCGCAUUAUCUACAUGUAUGCUAGCUCUCGAACUUCUGUUUGUGAGACCAGCACACUGA